GAGAUCUGCAGCAUCCUCAAUACAUGCACAAGCAGCAUCAGCUCAAGCAGGAGCCCUGGGCUCUAUUGUUCGUCUGUGUCAAAUGCUUUUUCCUUGUCGAUUGGCAUGCACAAUAGCUGGAAAGAGGUUUCUGUUCCCUAUUACUUAGAAAGGAAAACAGAGGACGGAAACACUAUUUGAAGUGGGCUAUUCAUCGUGUUCUAACGUUACAACAACCUAACAUAUCUCUGCCUUUCUGAAGGCAUGGGGCAGGCAGAGAGACGUGUGUGGUUGUCUGGUGCUGCUACUCGGUACCUUGGAGUGAUUGUGGUUGUUCUUGCUGGGAUAUGGAGAGCUGAUUCACAGGCUGAAGCAGAGAGCAAAACUAUAUACGUAUGGAAGACAGGUCCCUGGGGAAGAUGUAUGGGAGAUGAAUGUGGACCUGGUGGCAUUCAUACUAGGGCAGUUUGGUGUGCCCAUGUUGAAGGAUGGACAACUCUUCCCACAAACUGUAUACAGACUGAUAGGCCAGAAAACCAGCAAAAUUGUUUUAGGGUUUGCGACUGGCAUAAAGAACUGUAUGACUGGAAUCUGGGAAGUUGGAAUCAGUGUACCCCAGUCAUCUCAAGAAGUUCAGAGAAGCAAACAGAAUGUACCAAGGGUGAGGAAGGGAUUCAGACUCGAGAAGUUACAUGUCUCCAGAAGGCUACAGGAACAGCAGCAGAUGAUAGUAUAUGUGAAUAUUUUGAACCCAAGCCACGUCUAGAACAAGGAUGUCUCAUUCCAUGUCCUCAGGACUGCAUAGUGUCUGAGUUUUCUUCAUGGUCUGAAUGUUCCAAGUCGUGUGGCAAUGGAUUGCAACAUAGGACACGAUAUGUGGUUGCCGUGGCUCAAUUUGGCGGAUCAGCCUGUCCAAACUUAACAGAAUUCCAAGUCUGUCAAUCUGCUCCCUGUGAAGGUGAAGAAAACAUGUACAGCCUGAAUGUUGGGCCCUGGAGUUCAUGUUCAAUUCCACUUUCAAGGCACAUAAGGCAAGUUGGAAAGAGAGGGAGAAACAGAGAAAGAGCAAAGGAACGCGAGAAGGCAGUGAAAGACCCAGAGGCCCGUGAACUCAUUAAAAAAAAGAGAAAUCGAAACAGGAAGAAUAGGCAAGACAGCAGAUACUGGGAUAUACAAAUUGGUUAUCAGACAAGACUGGUGACCUGUAUGCACAGAAAUGGAAAGACAGCUGCACUCAGUUUUUGCCAGCAGGAGAAAUUGCCAAUUACCUUCCAGGCAUGUGUUGUCGAUAAAGAGUGUCAAGUAUCAGAAUGGUCAGAAUGGAGCCCUUGUACCAAGGCUUGCAACAUUCCAUCUUCUACUGGGCAUCGUACCAGAAAAAGGACUAUAAAACUAUUUCCCAUCGGCAGUUCAAAUGAAUGUCCUAAUUUACAAGAAACAGAACAGUGUACUCCAUCUGCAGAUGGGCCGCAUGCUUGCAUUAAGUAUAACUGGAGAGCCACCGAAUGGACAGAGUGUCGAAUUGAUCCAUUGUUGAGUCAACAGGAUAAAAGGAGGGGUAACCAGACAGCGCUAUGUGGAGGAGGAAUUCAAACACGGGAAAUUUACUGUGUACAAGCAAAUGAAAAUCUUCUUUCUCAUCUCAACACUGUAAAAGAUAAAGAAGACAGUCAUGCACACAGUUCAUCAAAGUCUAGUGCUGCACCUUUCUUGUCAAUCACAUUUGAAAUAACAGCUUCAAAGCCUGUGGAUACAAAGCUUUGUACAGAUCCACCACUUAGUACCAGUCAGCUGUGUCAUGUACCAUGCCCCAUAGAGUGUGAAGUUUCAGCGUGGUCUGCUUGGGGACCAUGUACGUUUGAAAAUUGUGAUGACCAGCAGAGUAAAAAGGGAUUCAGGCUUAGAAAGCGCCAUGUCACUAAUGAACCAACAGGAGGUACCGGUAAUUGCCCUCACCUUGUGGAGGCUAUACCUUGUGAGGAACCUUCCUGCUAUGAUUGGCGUCUGGACCGACUAGAAGAAUGUAUACCUGACAAUGGAAACAACUGUGGGAGUGGAACUCAGGUGCCUGUAGUUACAUGCAUUAAUAGUGAUGGAGGAGAAGUUGACAGACAGCUAUGCAGAGAUGCCAUCUAUCCAAUUCCUAUUGCCUGUGAGGUUCCAUGCCCCAAGGAUUGUGUUCUUAGUAUGUGGUCUGAAUGGUCCUCCUGCUCACACACCUGCUCAGGAAAGACAACAGAAGGUCGACAAACACGAUCACGCUCUAUUCUUGCCUAUGCUAGUGACGAAGGAGUUCAGUGCCCAGAAAGUAAUGCUCUGCAAGAGAUCAGAAGCUGCAAUGAACAUCCUUGUACAGUAUAUCACUGGCAGACCGGCCCUUGGGGCCAGUGCACAGAAGAUGUCACAGUUUCAGGUUUUAACUCAUCAAAUUGGAAUGGUGAAGCAACUUGUGCUCUUGGGAUGCAGACAAGAAAAGUCAUCUGUGUCAGAGUCAAUGUGGGACAAGUUGGCCCCAAAAAAUGUCCUGAAAGCCUGCGACCGGAAACAAUGAGACCAUGUUUGCUGCCAUGCAGGAAAGAUUGUAUUGUUACACCGUAUAGUGAUUGGACUCCAUGCCCUACAUCCUGUCAAGAAGGUGUUGUUACUACUAAGAAACAGACACGUCAUCGAGUCAUUAUUCAGCUACCCUCCUAUGGCGGCAGGGAAUGUCCUGACACUUUGUAUGAAGAAAAUGAAUGUGAGGCUCCUGUCGUCUGUCACAGUUACAGGUGGAAGACACAUAAAUGGCGAAGGUGCCAGCUGGUGCCAUGGCAUGUCCGCCAAGACAGUCCUGGAGCUUACGAGACUUGUGGACCUGGACUACAAGCCAGAGCAAUUACUUGUCGCAGGCAAGAUGGAGUUCAAGCCGAUAUGACAGAUUGUCUCGAGCAUGCAGGUCCAUUGCCAGCUUUAACACAACAUUGCCAAAUACCAUGCCAGGAUGAUUGCCAGUUCACUAAUUGGUCUAAAUUCUCAUCGUGUAAUGGAGACUGUGGAGCAGUCAGGACAAGAAAGCGUUCACCUCUUGGUAAGAGUAAGAAAAAGGACAAAUGCAAGAAUUCACAGAUGUACCCAGUGAUUGAAACACAGUUCUGUCCAUGUGAUAAAUACAAUGCUCGGCCCGUGGGGAACUGGUCAGAUUGCGUUUUGCCAGAGGGGAAAGUAGAGGUGUUACUGGGGAUGAAAGUCCAAGGAGACAUCAAGGAGUGCGGUCAAGGAUAUCGAUACCAGGCCAUGGCAUGUUAUGAUCAAAACAACAGGCUCGUGGAGACUUCAAGAUGCAACAGCCAUGGUUAUAUUGAAGAAGCAUGCAUAAUCCCAUGUCCAUCUGACUGUAAACUGAGUGAGUGGUCCAGCUGGUCAAGAUGUAGUAAAUCCUGUGGAAGUGGUGUCAAAGUACGGUCCAAAUGGCUUCGGGAAAAACCAUACAACGGUGGAAGACCUUGUCCAAAACUGGAUCAUGUAAAUCAGGCUCAGGUGUAUGAAGUAGUUCCUUGCCAUAGUGAUUGCAAUCAGUAUAUUUGGAUCACAGAGCCUUGGAGUGUAUGUAAAGUAACAAAUGUUGAUCUGAAACAGAACUGUGGGGAAGGUGUACAGACCAGAAAAGUAAGAUGCAUGCAAAACACAGUAGAUGGUCCAUCAGACAUUGUUGAAGAUUACCUCUGUGAACCAGAAGAAAUGCCUCUUGGAGCAAGAAAUUGCAAGUUGCCUUGCCCUGAAGACUGUGUCAUGUCAGAAUGGAGUCAGUGGAGCAAAUGUUCUUUGCCCUGUGAUGGAAGUGGCUAUCGAGAAAGAACAGCGGUACCCAUUCGACAAGCAGAUGAGGGCAAAAACUGCCACAUUGCAAUUGAAACUGAGCCAUGUAAUCUAAAUAAAAACUGUUAUCACUAUGAGUACAAUGUAACAGAUUGGAGCACAUGCCAAUUAAGUGAAAAGGCUGUAUGCGGAAAUGGGAUCAAAACAAGAAUGCUUGACUGUGUACGGAGUGAUGUUAAAUCUGUUGAUUUAAAGUUCUGUGAAGAGCUUGGUUUGGAGAAGACGUGGCAAAUGAACAUCUCUUGUAUGGUGGAAUGUCCUGUUAACUGUCUGCUUUCUGAUUGGUCAACGUGGUCAGAAUGUUCUAAAGAAUGUGGUCUGGCAGGCAAAAUGAUCAGAAAGAGAACAGUGAUCCAACCUUCACAGGGUGAUGGGAGACCGUGUCCUUCAUUAAUGGAUCAAUCCAAGCCUUGUUCUGUGAAGCCUUGCUAUAGAUGGCAGUAUGGAUAUUGGUCUGUGUGCAGAGUUGAGGAUGCUCAAUGCGGUGAAGGAAUGAGAUUCAGAAAUAUUUCUUGCGUUGUCUAUGAUGGUUCAAGAGAAGAUUCUGGUAAAGUAGUGGAUGAAGAGUUCUGUGGAGAUGUUGAACUUAUUGUGAAUGGAGACAAGAACAUAAUUUUGGAGGAAUCAUGCACUGUGCCUUGUCCUGGUGACUGUUACUUGGAUGAGUGGUCAGAAUGGAGUUUGUGUCAGUUGACUUGUGUUAAUAGUGAAGAUCUUGGUUUUGGGGGCGUUAAAGUUCGGUCAAGGGCAGUGAUAAUUCAAGAAAUGGAAAAUCAACAUCUUUGUCCAGAACAAGCUUUAGAAACCAAAUCAUGUUAUGAUGGUCAGUGCUUUGAGUACAAAUGGUUGUCCAGUCCAUGGAAAGGAUCUUCUCGUUCAGUCUGGUGUCAAAGAUCUGAUGGGUUAAAUGUAUCAGGAGGCUGUUUAGAGGUACAACAGCCAGAGCGAGAGAGAUCAUGUACUCCACCAUGUAACCAGCAACACUCAUACUGUACAGAGACAGGCUCAUGUGGAUGUGAAGAUGGGUAUACUGAAGUGACAUCAUCUGAUGGCACACUAGAUCAAUGUACUUUAAUUCCCGUUGUGAUUAUCCCUACGACAGAGGACAAAAAAGGUGAUGUAAAAACGAGUCGUGCUAUUAAUCCCACCCAACCAUCAAGCAGCCAAUCAGGUUAUGGUGGCAGAACAUGGUUCUUGCAACCAUUUGGUUCAGAUGGGAGACUGAAGACGUGGGUUUAUGGGGUUGCCGCAGGUGCUCUUGUAUUGCUCAUCUUUAUUGUUUCUAUGAUCUAUUUGGCCUGUAAAAAGCCCAAGAAGCCCCCGAGAAGACAGAACAACCGCCUGAAACCUUUAACCUUAGCAUAUGACGGAGAUGCGGACAUGUAAAACACGUACAUAAAUGAACAAUGGGACAUUGUACUUUACGUUAACAGUAACAGGAGGAUCGGGAUUUUGAAAAGAAAAAAAAAAAUACAAAACACUGGAGAAUGGAAUGAAAGCAACUAAUCACAAUAAUCCAGUGGAUAGUUGAGACAAUAUUGAAAGAUGAUGAGCUUGAUGGCAAUUUAAUUUUGUGCAAAGAAUUUGUUCCGAUUCUUCGUGAAGUCUACACACGGCAAGCCAAUAACUCUGUAAAACCUGUCUAUAUGUAAAUUUACAAAUCUCUAGGCUACUAAAAGACUUGGCCUACUGUGUUAAUCUGAUUUAAGAAGUCCACAUUAGUUAUACCAUGUUCUGACAACUCUCUUCACAGCUAUUAUUCUCUUAAUAACUAUGUGUCUUUUUGUUGUUAUCCGAAAUAUCAGUGAAAACUGUUCCUUGACAUCAAACAGAUGAUAUCUUCAAAGACGUUCAGCAGUGAAGCAGCUGAUAUAGUGUUUUUAAAUUCCAAGCCCAAAUCAGAAAGUCAGAAGAAGGACUUUCUAGUGUCUGUGCCACAACUGCAACUUACACAAACAUUUCUUCUAAUGCAGUAUUUUAUAGCAGCUAAUACCUUAUAAAUACUCACUUGUAAAUGUUACAUUGUUUCUACGUUCUCUCUCUCCUAAGGUUGCCUACAUUUUUUUGCUAUAUGUAAGGCAAGAUAUUGCACUAUAUUAGUGCAGCAUGAUAUGCACUUAACUUAGUAUUGCCAUAGAAAAUGCCUCUUUUCAUAAGGGAUGGUGUGUCUUGUGCUAGCAGUGUCAUGUAGACAUUUCAAAAUCAGAAAGAUUAAAUGAGGAAGAGAGUAGAGUUUUGUGACAGGAUAAAAUCAACAAUCUCAUUUGUACAUAUAUUAUCGGGUUUUGUCACAAUAGCUGUUUUAUAGUUAGAUGAGUUGAUGUAUAUUGUUUCCUGCUCAAAAACAAUAUGAGAUGUCCACCUUCUUAUUCAUUUAUGGUAUAAACUCAGAAUGACCUAAAUAUUUUGCAGUUUUUCUGUAUUUCAAAAUAUAAGUCUAAUUUAUAGUUUUGAAAACAUCCAACAUACAUUUUAUAGCAGUCAAAACAACAUUUUUGAUGAGAAAAUAAGAGCCACAUAUUAAAUAAGCAGUUACUGUUUUAUUAUGAUACAUUUAAAUGCAUUAUUCACAAUUCUGUCAGUAAUUAGAAUUCUGCUCCUAUGUGGUUUUCCAAAAAUCAUCUGAUAAAAGUUACCAACUUUCAUAAAGGUAUACACCACUUGCAACUGCCCGUCUUCCUUUUAACUCUACGCUACUAUUAUUUCCAUAGAACAACUGCUGAUUUAUUAUUGAAUUGCAUCGUAAACUUCAGUAAAUUUAUUUAUUUGCAAAUUCCAGUCACAAAUUGAAAGACACAAUACAAUAUAUGUCAGUGGUUUUUAAUCUUUGAGUAAGGUUCCUAAAUUGGGUCCCCAUCCUGUUUUCACUCAAUCGCUAUUGGGAUUUGGGAAGUCAACUACUAUAAAUUGUUUUCUAUAACAAUUGUAUUUCCCGUUGGGGUACUUAUUUCCUUCCCCAAUGUAGUGUUGACCUUUUUAAAAUAUUUUAAAACCAUUUUUGAAAAAAUAUUAUUUUACACUUUACCUUAUUCCAUGUUUGUGUCCCUGUCGAAAAUGAUUAGGAAACACCAUUUCUGGUAAUUCCUUUCUUAGUUCUAUGUUUGUUUGUGUUUUUUUGACAAAUGCUGCAUUGAAAUAGUGGAGGGAAAAAUACCAUUGUGUAUUUAUUGGACAAUAUAAUAUGUGUACAUGUAUCAAACUUGAAAUAUAUAACUUUUUGUUGAAAUAUUGGUUGUAUACUAUGACAAAUACCAGGUGUGUACACCAAACAGUAAAAUAAGAGCAUGGUUAUAUAUCAUUAAUCUGUUACUUUUCACAUCUGAGCUACUGAUGUACUUAGCUUCUAAAGUUGAAAAAAUAUAAAUGAUGUGCUUUUUAUUGUCUAUAGUUAGUAUACCCCACAUUGUACAAUUAUAUCUUGUGCAUUUUAUUAUCUAUAUAUUUUCAAAGGGCAUCACACAGUUAUUGGAUUAUUUUAGGCAUUAUGUUUCCAUAUAACUACUAUUUCUGUAUGUUGGUAAUUUCUUAUAUAAACCAUUUGUAUGCCAACAUAAACAUAACAAGUUUCUGAAUUAUGUAACCGAACUGUAUCCGCUAUGAAAUAUCCUAGUAAACAAACAUACAAUAAUAUAUUCUCAGCAAACUGAAUUGUAAUAUUGGUGUUAUUAUACACACUUUGGUUACAUUUAAUUUUCAGUGUACUUUUGGAUUGUCAAGAGAAGAAUGCCAAUAACCAUGAUACAACAACAACAAAAAAAAAAUAUAUAUAUAAAAUGAAAGUUUCUAAAAUGUAAUUGAAAAACAACUACGUUUAAUUCAGCAACUGGUUAAAUAUAUUUCCAAGAAAGUAAUAACUUAAUAUUGAUGGAUCAUUCAGUGUUCUCUAUUGGCGAGCUAAGUAAUAUUUGAGUAACUCUUAGGCACAUAAAUUUCUAUUUAUAUCAUACAAAAUCUGCGAUUUAUAAUAAUGCAUGAAAAGUAAAAUUUGGUAAUAAGAAUAAUAUUCUUAUCAUUCGUGUCAUGUUUCAACAUGUAGGGGCUUAUUAAAUUAAAAAAAAGUAGACUAAUUUGAAUGAAAAAGCGACCUUUAAGGGAACCACA